AAGGAAGGAAGGAAGGAAGGAAGGAAGGAAGGAUUGGCCCUCCAACUUGGGGAACUUUCCUGGGCCGUGCGGGGCUCCAGGGCCGUUGCCAGCCAUUGUCUCUCCCCGGGAGGCUGCCAAAAGGCUCGGCUAAUCCAAGCGAGGGGAGGGAAGCCCGAGCUGUCCUCCGGUGCCCCCCCCCUCCCAAUUCGGUCCCUGUCCUGCCAGGGAACGGAGCGGCUCGGAGCUGGAGCGGCUCCUCCGAGCUGGAGGCCAGCGAGGGGUCAGCGGGAGUGGGAAGCAGCCCAGAGGCCGCAGAAAGCCGCCCAAAUCCUCUGGCUUGCGCCGCUCCGGGGGGAAGAGGCGCCCUGCGGCCCGCAGGAGCUCCCAGAGGGUGGGCAGAGAAGCGGCCCCGCUGGCGGGGAGGGGGUUUCUCCGGAUGGCCCGCUUCGCCGGGGUCUUCGGUGAGGAUCCGGCCUCCUGGCGGGAUAAAUGCGGAGCUGGCCGCGGAGGGGGGAGGACCAGGGGCCAGGGCUCCGCGCCUCUGCCCGGACUCAGCAUCGCCUGCCCUGGCUUUGCCUUCCCCCCGCCGCCCUCCUUCCCUAAGGUAAAUCGCUUGGUGAGAUGUGGCCUGUCCCCCACCCAUCCCACGCAGCAGCCAUGAAGCUUCGCCUCCUCACAGCUUACGCACUGCUGCUGGCAAUCUGCCAAUGCUGGGCUGUCAGCUUUCCAGAAGAUGACGACCCUAUUAACGUGGUUGACUACCAUUAUUCCAAGCAAUAUCCAGUGUUUAGAGGACGCCCUUCAGGCAACGAAUCCCAACACAAGCUGGACUUUCAACUGAUGUUGAAAAUUCGAGACACACUUUAUAUAGCUGGCAGGGACCAAGUUUAUACGGUAAAUUUGAAUGACAUUCCAAAAGGGGAAGUUGUUCCAAGCAAGAAGUUAACAUGGCGGUCAAAGCAACAGGACCGAGAGAAUUGUGCUAUGAAAGGAAAACACAAAGAUGAAUGCCAUAAUUUUAUUAAAGUCUUCGUCCCCAGGAACGAUGAGAUGGUGUUUGUCUGUGGAACGAAUGCUUUUAAUCCUAUGUGCCGUUACUAUCGGCUGAAUACCUUGGAGUAUGAUGGUGAAGAAAUUAGCGGCUUGGCCAGGUGCCCAUUUGACGCCAAGCAAACCAAUGUUGCCCUCUUUGCUGAUGGCAAACUGUAUUCUGCCACCGUUGCGGAUUUCUUGGCAAGCGAUGCUGUUAUUUACCGGAGCAUGGGGGACGGUUCGGCCUUGCGAACAAUAAAAUAUGAUUCCAAGUGGAUAAAAGAGCCCCAUUUCCUUCAUGCCAUUGAGUACGGGAACUUUGUUUAUUUCUUCUUUCGAGAGAUUGCUGUGGAACAUAACAAUUUAGGCAAGGCUGUUUAUUCCCGUGUGGCUCGCAUCUGCAAAAAUGACAUGGGGGGCUCUCAGAGAGUGCUGGAAAAACACUGGACGUCAUUCCUCAAAGCACGUCUCAACUGCUCGGUGCCUGGGGAUUCAUUUUUCUACUUUGAUGUGCUUCAGUCUAUCACAGACAUCAUUGAAAUCAGUGGCGUCCCUACCGUGGUCGGUGUUUUCACCACACAGCUGAACAGCAUCCCUGGCUCGGCAGUUUGUGCUUUCAACAUGGAAGACAUUGAGAAAGUCUUCAAAGGGAGAUUUAAAGAGCAGAAAACCCCAGAUUCUGUUUGGACAGCUGUACCCGAAGACAAAGUGCCAAGGCCAAGACCUGGUUGCUGUGCAAAGCAUGGCCCAGCAGAGGCUUACAAAACCUCCAUUGAUUUCCCAGAUGAAACGCUUUCUUUCAUCAAGUCCCAUCCUUUGAUGGAUUCCGCUGUUCCAUCUGUCAUUGAGGAGCCAUGGUUCACAAAGACACGAGUCAGGUAUCGGUUGACUGCAAUUGCCGUGGAUCGUUCAGCUGGCCCGUAUCAAAACUAUACAGUCAUUUUUGUGGGCUCUGAAGCCGGAAUGGUGCUGAAGAUCUUGGCGAAGACCAAAGCUUUUUCCCUGAACGACAGUAUCUUACUGGAGGAGAUUGAUGCUUACAAUCAUGCAAAAUGUAAUGGGGAUGGUGAAGAAGACAAAAAAGUCAUCUCUCUGCAACUGGACAAAGAGCACCAUGUGUUGUUCAUUGCAUUCUCCAGCUGCAUCAUUAGAAUUCCUCUCAGCCGUUGUGAGCGUCAUGGAUCAUGUAAAAAGACUUGCAUUGCUUCUCGGGACCCUUACUGUGGCUGGUUGGCCCACGGAUCCUGCGGGAGAGUGAGAGCAAGCAUGGUGUUAUCUUUGUUUGUUUCAUACAACCACAGCCUUGGAGAGUAUGAGCAAGACGUGGAGUACGGCAACACUGCCCACCUGGGGGAUUGCCACGAAAUUUUGCCUACUACAACUACACCAGAUUACAAAAUAUUUGGCGAUCCAACAUCUGACAUGGCGUUAUCCUCAGCUUCCAUUACCACAGUGGGAAGUAUCCCUGUUAUCUCGCCCAAAGUGAUUGGUUCCUGGAAACCUAAAGUGACUGGCUCUCGGGAAUUUGUAGCUCAAGAUGACCCAAACACUUCUGAUUACUCUGAACCUUUAUCAGGGGUUCCAAAGGGUGUGAGAUGGGAAGUCCAAUCAGGUGAUUCCAAUCAAAUGGUGCACAUGAAUGUCCUGAUUACCUGUGUCUUUGCGGCUUUCCUUCUGGGAGCAUUUAUUGCCGGCGUGGCUGUUUACUGUUACCGAGACGUUUUUGUGAGAAAAUCCAGGAAGAUUCACAAAGAUGCUGAGUCAGCUCAGUCCUGCACGGAUUCCAGCGGGAGUUUUGCCAAACUGAAUGGCCUCUUUGACAGCCCUGUUAAGGAGUAUCAGCAGAACAUUGAUUCGCCCAAACUUUAUUCCAACUUGCUGACGAGUCGCAAAGAGCUGCCCCAGACGGCUGACACAAAGUCCAUGUUGAUGGUGGACCACAGAGCCCAACCACCAGAACUGGCAGCUCUUCCAACCCCGGAAUCGACUCCUGUGCUUCAGCAGAAGACCUUACAAGGAAUGAAGAGCCAGAUGGAGAAGGCCCAGAACAACCUCAGCUCUUCAAGAAAAGAAGGCCCCUUGAAGAGUCCUCAGUUUUUCCCCUCCAGUCCUCCACCCCAUUCUCCUUUAAGUCACGGACACAUCCCCAGUGCCAUUGUCCUUCCCAAUGCCACCCACGAUUACAACAUGUCCUUCUCCAAUUCUAACGCGCACAAAGCGGACAAAAAGAUGGCACAUGUGGACCACCCGCUCACCAAGUCCUCAGGCAAAAGAGACCCUAGGCGGUCUGUGGAUUCCAGAAACACCUUGAAUGACUUCCUGAAACAUUUAAACGAAACCCCCAGCAACUCCAAAGCCAUUAUGGCUGACCUUCAGGUGGCUCACCAGACUUUAAUGUUGGAUUCCAUGGGCAACGUGACAGAGGUCCCCCCCAAAGUCCCCAACCGGGAAGCAUCUUUAUACUCUCCUCCUUCCACCCUGCCACGAAAUAGCCCGACAAAACGGGUGGAUGUCCCCAACGCACCGGGAGCACCAAUGACCUCUUUAGAAAGACAGAGGGGCUACCACAAGAAUUCUUCCCAGAGGCAUUCUAUAUCAGCUCUUCCUAAAAACUUAAACUCCCCGAACGGGAUGCUGUUAUCUAGGCAGCCUAGCGUUAACCGGGGAGGAUAUAUGACUCCGACCGGAGGCACAAAGAUGGACUAUAUCCAAGGGACUCCGGUCAGCGUCCAUCUACAGCCUUCCUUGUCUAGGCAAAGCAGUUACACAAGCAACGGAACGCUUCCUCGGACAGGGAUAAAGAGGAUGCCCUCUCUUAAGCCAGAUGUGCCACCCAAACCUUCUUUUGCCCCACAGACGCCUUCAGUCAGGCCACUGAACAAAUACAGUUACUAAAACUUGCCUAAUCAAUCCAUCCAGACCUUGGGGCGAUGGUGCAGGACAGAUGGAAAGACUCCGACUCGCUUGUCAUGGAGGGCAUGGGGGGAGGGAACCGAAUUUGGGGGCAAACAGGCUCUUUUUGCUCCAUCUGCUGGUUUUGUCGGGCCCAAAGCAAGACUCCACUUGCCCAAUGCGUUAAAAGAGAGAGGAAGGGCUGGCCACUGCAUCUCUUGUGUUGGGAGAGGAGGAGAGACGUAGCACAAAAGGACGGGACUCCGUGGCCACUUCAAAAGAGUACUGUUUAGAGUACUUAGGGAGGAAGCAGAUCCGCAAACAAACAAACAAAAAAAAAUACUUGAAAUUAAUAAUAAUUAAAGUGAGAAUAAAAAAGGGGGGGUUGUUUUUAGACUGCCAUACUGUGUAGUCUUCCCACAAAAUGUGAACGUUUUAACUCUGUA